AUGAAGUCUACUACAUGCAUCAUCAAAUCUGGUUCUGGUCAAUCAAUCGAGUCAAGCCCACGGCCAGACAUUCAUCUGCCCAGCCCGAGCUGGAAGGGCAGUCAGUCUGGUCCCGCCGCCUCGACAAUCUGCAGAGAUGAAGCACCUCGUGCAUCCGACAACACCGACAACAGCAGAAGAUUCAAAAGUCCACCCGGUGCAGGUGCAGGCUACGAAUGGCGUCAGGCAGCCGAUGCCAACGUCCCUACCAAGAUGAACCGCACCAGCAGCCCUCAUUUCCGAGUCCCUCUUUUGCAUGCUGUCGCUGCAACGUGCAACAACUUGCUGGAGUUGGACUAG